AUACGAGUGGCCUGGGGCAUCUGCCGUGUCCGAGUGGGUCUGGGGCGGAUGGCAUUGCACGGGAAUUGAUGAGGAAGCUGCGGGAGGACACCCAGGACACACUCAACGACCUGGAGCGCAAUUUAUUGAACGGCCAGGGCGAGGUCGUGGUGGCCAGCGCGGUGCUGUGUUUGGUGUCUUGCUGUCUCUUCGAGCUGCUCACGCUGAAAGACAAGCAGCAGGCCUCCAAGGCAGAGCAGAUCCGCUACUUCGAUCUAUGGCGUGUGAUUUGCGUUGCCUGUGUGGUGAUUACCCACGUCUAUGAAGGCUAUCAUCAGCUGAACUUCUUCGCGGUGGGCCAGUGGGUGCUGCAGUUCCUGAUGCUGAUCUCCGGGUUUUGCUUCGCGAGGUCGGAGAAGUCUCUGCUGUUUUACUGCCGGCGCUUGGCCAUGAUCUGGGCCGCCGGUACCUUGCUGAACUGGAUGGCGCUCGUGGCCAUUGGAGCGGACUGGAAAGCCGAUGCGACACGUCUCAUGUACCAGAUGGGCUUUGCUCUGCAGAUCAUGGUCGCGGCCAUCUUCUUAUUUCCCUUGAAGACAACUACUUGCUCAAGAAGCACAAAUCUUUCAUUUCGACCACCCGAAAAAGGUCACCGCAAGCCGAACAUGGCUCAAAGGUGCCUUCUAAGUGCCGGGGAGCUGAAGGAAAACCAGGACUGUUCCGCGGGAAAUGCUACGAUGCCGCUGGCCCUGUACAGCUCGUUCGCACUUCUCAUGGCGUUGUUUAUGCUGCACCCGUCGAUGCUGGAGGGAAAGCUGCCGCAGCCGGAGCGGCUGCCCAUUGAGCUUUUUCAGAGCGCAGCGAUGCUCUUCUUGGCCACGGCUCUGCACGCGCUGCUGCCGCCGCAUCUGCGGCACUGGAUCGGUUGGGCGCUGCUGCUGCCGAUGCAGCUGAGCCGUGUGCUGCACGCAGAGCCCCGCCCGGGCUCGGAGGUGCACCUCAACGAUCUGUACAUGUGGGCCGUGUUCAUCCACUACGUGCCGUUGAAGUUCCAGUCUGAGAUUGGUCUGGCUAUGGCACAGCUUUGGCCUGUCUGGGCCAUCAUGGUGGGAUUUCUGCUCGGACUGCCUGGCAACGAGCCGUCUUUUCCAUCUCUGAAUCCAUCGCCGGAGAUGGGCAAGAGAGCAAGGUUUUAUGGGGUGGAGACCAUCCUGGUGCUGGCCUUUGUUUGCAUCCCCGCUGCGGGGAAAGAUGCGACCAUGGUGCUGCCAAAGUGGUUGGGGCCACCGCUGAAGUGGCUCAACCUUUUGAGCCUCAUCGCUUUCUGCUCCCACAAAGCUAUCAUCGACCUGCUGCAGCAUUGAGGACACCAAGAAGUGCCAGCCGCUUGCCGGCCGCUGGCUUUUUGCAUCCGAAUCGAGGGAUUCCGGUCCGUUUGCGU